UGUACUACUACACUUAUUCCUUUCUUUAUAUUGAUCUCUUCUCUGCAUUUACACACAAUCCCAUAGAGAUUUAUACUGUAAGUGUAUAUCUGAGUAACUAGAUAAUUUGUUUGUUUGGGGGAAAAAAUGGAUCCGCCAUUGACAAAUGAAGCUUCAUUUACAGAAGGGUCCAAUCCAGCUUCGUAUAGUUUGGUUGAGACACUGUCUUUUCCGAUGGGUAGUGGAGGAGGAGGAUUGGGCCUGAGAAUGGGGAGUUUGGGUGGCACUGGAGAAGUUUUUGGAGUAGGUGAUGCUUCAGUUGAGGAAUCCACCGUGACGGAGCAGAGCGGCGGGGGCGUUGGGAAGAGAAGAAUGGAUAUUGGGAAUUUUCAUGAAGAUGAGUCCUCUAAGCUUGUUUCAACUAGCAGUGCUAACAAUGAUUUGAAUGAGCGGAAUGGUAAACGAAUGAAACCAUCAGGAUCCAGAGAUGAAAAUUGUGGCUCGAAGACGAAAGCAGAAGCAAACUCAGGGACCAGUAACAAGGGAGCCGAAGAGAAGAGUAAACCCGAGCCACCCAAAGAUUACAUCCAUGUUAGAGCGAGAAGGGGCCAAGCCACUGAUAGCCACAGUCUAGCUGAGAGAGCUAGGAGAGAAAAGAUCAGCGAGAGGAUGAAAAUUCUGCAAGACUUGGUUCCUGGAUGUAAUAAGGUUAUUGGGAAAGCUCUUGUUCUUGAUGAAAUAAUUAAUUACAUCCAAUCACUACAGCGUCAAGUUGAGUUUUUGUCGAUGAAGCUGGAAGCAGUUAAUACAAGGUUGAACCCUACAAUCGAAGGGUUUCCUUCCAAAGAAUUAGCAGCACCAACUUUUGAUGGAACUGGAAUGAUUUUUGGCUUGCAAGCACCAAGUGAAUAUACUCAAGGACCACAAGUGGAAUGGCUCGAUAUGCAGGUGGGAAAUGUCUUUGAACGUCCAACAUGACCCGUAUCUUCACAGCUCAGGAAUCGACCAACAUAUUAGAACUUCGUUCCAUUUAUUGUCAUUAGUCAGAAGGAAACUUCAUCUUCCGCAUUGUAGCCGAUAAUUGUUGCUUCUGUGUACAAGAGAAGUCUUGAAUUUGUAGUCAAUAUUGAUUUAUAGUAGAUUUGAACGUGUCGUCUCAUGUGGGACCUAAAAGAAUUUACUGUACUUUGUAAUGGUAAACCUAAAACGGCACUCUCUAGUAAAUGUACUACUACUACUUAAUGUUAUGUUCUUUCAGUUUGAUCCUA